AUGGUGUACAACGUCACAGAAAAGGAAACUCAGCCUACCACUUGGAGUCAUGUUAAUGGGUCUACUGAGGAGAUACUUGACCGAUAUGCUGUGACCGAGAUCGUGAAAGGGUGGCCUCUGUACCGGGAUGCAUCAGAAUGGAACCAUUAUCGGAAUUGUUUCUCUGACGAGGGAGCUUAUAUCUUUACUACCUGGAGCGGCGGUAUGACAAUCGACCGGUUCAUCGAAGUCUCUAAGAAAGGGCGCGCAAACGGAGAUUUCAUCAUGCAUCGUGAAGGAGGAACCCUCGUCGAUUUAAACCCAGCAACCAAGCGUGCAGUCGGAAAAAUGAAGGCAACAAUCACACAACGAUUCAUCAUCGACGGUAUAACCUUUGACGUGGACUGUGAUUCUCGAUUUAUUUUCUUCUGUCAGAAAGAAAAAUCCAAGAAGACUGGACAACUUGGUUGGAAGACUAAGUACUAUAAGGUGAUCUAUGAGAAGGAUCGGGUUAUUCCUGUGGAUGGGAAGACAGUUCCUACUUUCAAGGAAAGUGAACUGAAGAAGUAUCCUCCUGGAUAUCGGUAUCUUGGUGCUGCUCAGGCCACAUUGGGUCACAAGGUCUUGACUGAUUUGCCUACUUUUGAGGGGGAGGGUAUGUUCAAAAUGUAUCAGGCUAUGGAUACUUGGUUAGAGGGAGGGGAUAUUGAGCAGUUGUUGGGCGUUCCGAAGCACUAA